CUCAGCGGUAGACCCACCAACAGCUCAAGCUCCAGUCUCUCCCUUUACGAUGUCUACGUCUGGAUCUAUCACCACGUGCGGCUCAACUUCCCUUGCCGGUCUGCUCACGAACCAGUACAUCACCCAGUGCGCGACGGACUCUGGCUACUCGUUCACGGCAGCCUCCGUCCCUACUCAGGAUGUCAUCGACCUCAUGUGUGCAUCCUCGGCUUGUCGUGGUCUGCUGGCCGACGCACAGGCCUUGGACCUGCCCGAAUGCAUCCUGCCCGUGGGCGACAACAUCCGCCUCCGUGCCGACCUGAUCGACUAUGUGCCUGCUCGCUGUCCGUCGGUUGCGGGCAGCGCUGCCACCGGAUCUGCUGCCACCACCACGGGCAGCGCAGCCACGGCCAGCUCUACGGCCGGUAACAACACGGCCAGCUCCGCCGACACCAUCACGGCGCCGUCUACGGCCUCGUCCACGACGUCUGAUGAGACGAGUAGUACCGCGACCAGCGCGGAGUCGUCAGGAUCUGCGGCCUCCGCUUCGGCCUCGGCCUCAGCUGCGUCCGCGUCGUCUGGAUCUAGUGCUGCUGCGUCGCCCGUUGGCCGGGCGCUGAGUGUCGUGUCCCUCGGUGCUCUUGCAGUCGUCUCGUACUUCUUGUAGACGAUCGGGGAAUUUGCUUCUCGCCUCUGAAGUAGCAACACCUUUUUGAUGACCAAAUACAUGUUAACCGAACAUGU